AUGGUGACGUGGAGUAUGGUGGGGAGGGUGAGGGGUGUGGUGGUUGGCGGGAGGUUUUGUUGCCGUGGUAAUAGAAUUGACCUGGAUCUAAAUUUGCAACGAAAGAAUUCUUCCACAGUAACAGGGCCGGACCAUUUCUCGACUGCAACAUUCCAAAGCUUUAUGAAAUUUGUGGAGGCAGGAUGUGCAGAAGCGAUAAAGACGGGCAUUCAUUGGAGACAGGGUGACCGGCUGCGGAGGGCUUCCAUUCGCGACAAGCGGACUCCCUCGCCAUCCUAAAUAUGGAGAGAAAAAGACAACCUACUCCAAACCUGCUUCUUUUCACCGGCUAUAUUCAAACUAUACAACGGCCAACCGGCGGUGGAAUGCGUUGAAACCACACACUCGUUGGUUUAUUUCGACCGAUUCCAUGCCCGAAAUACAGAUAAAUAAAAACAUA